CAUAAUCUACGGCUCACGCCCAGCUCUGUGCAGCCGGGUAUCUGCUAGUUCCUGUGUGGUUUGCCUACAGACUGCAGACUGGCUGGGGGGAGCUUGAAGGGAGAGCAAGAGGCAGGGAGGAGGGAGCUGUAUUGAUGGAUCUGGGGCUUGUACCCUGCUUCCGCGGGUGCUCAGAAGCCAGCCCAAGGCAAACCUGUAGGCUGAAGAGCGGCAAUCUUGACAUUUCAACGCAUCUUCCCACCAGCAAACGAAGAUUCUAAUAACUCGUUGUCAAAGCCGAGAUACACUCUCAACUUCUUCACCUCCAAAAGCUUCUCCUCAAGACAUGGAAGCUAUCGCCAAGUUUGAUUUCAUGGCCUCGGGUGAGGAUGAACUGAGCUUUCACACUGGAGAUGUUCUGAAGAUACUAAGCAACCAGGAGGAGUGGCUCAAGGCGGAGCUUGGGAGCCAAGAAGGAUAUGUGCCGAAGAAUUUUAUAGAUAUCGAGUUUCCUGAGUGGUUCCAUGAAGGCCUCUCUCGACAUCAAGCAGAAAACUUACUCAUGGGCAAAGACAUUGGAUUCUUCAUCAUCAGAGCCAGCCAGAGCUCCCCAGGAGACUUCUCCAUUUCUGUCAGGCAUGAGGACGAUGUUCAGCACUUCAAAGUCAUGCGAGACAAUAAGGGCAACUACUUCCUGUGGACUGAGAAGUUCCCAUCCCUAAAUAAGCUGGUGGACCACUACAGGACAACUUCCAUCUCCAAACAGAAGCAGAUCUUCCUCCGGGAUAGAACCCGAGAGGAUCAGGGUCACCGAGGCAACAGCCUGGACAGGAGGUCCCAGGGAGGCCCUCACCCAAGUGGAAACCUAGGAGAAGAAAUCCGACCUUUGAUGAACCGGAAGCUGUCGGACCACCUUCCUCCAGGUCCCCAGCAGUACCAGCAGCAGCAGCAGCAGCAGCAGCAGCAGCCACCGCCACCUCAGUUCCCACCAGGGCCCCAGCCCCCUCCACAGCAGCGGUAUCUGCCACACCAGCAUUUCCACCAGGACCGCCGUGGAGGCAGCCUGGACAUAAACGAUGGACACUGUGGCAUUGGCAGUGAGAUGAACACCACCCUGAUGCACCGGAGACACACAGACCCAGUACAGCUCCAAGUGGCAGGGCGUGUGCGCUGGGCCAAGGCACUAUAUGACUUUGAAGCCCUGGAGGAGGAUGAGCUGGGAUUCCGAAGCGGAGAGGUGGUUGAAGUCCUGGACAGUUCCAACCCGUCUUGGUGGACCGGCCGUCUGCAUAACAAACUGGGUCUCUUCCCUGCCAACUACGUGGCCCCCAUGAUGCGAUGAAUCCUGUUGGGGUGGGGCUGGCUAGGGGCUUUUUGUCUGAAGCUGCCUGCAAGACCGGGACAAGGGGAAAGAGCUAGACUUUCAUAACUACACAUACAUGCAUACAUGUGCAUGUGUGGCCAUGUGUACACAAAAUAUGUAUAUGUAUGCCUAUGUCUACACCCAACGUUUUAUGAUAAUGAUUUAUGGGCACGCGGGUUGGUUCAUUGGCUGGCAUGAGAAGGGACUCGCAU